AUGGAGCUUCACUCGGGUGUCAUACCACUGUUGGCUUCCAAUUUGGUUCAACUGUGGCAGGAACUGCAAACAACCUACGGCCUUGAUGCUGAGCUAGAAAAGCUGCAGAGCUCCGUCGCCAUGAUUCAAGCUGUACUGAAUGAUGCACAGGAGAGGCAACAGAUUAGGAACGUGGUGAAGCAUUUGCUGAAUGAGCUCAGCCAGGCUGCAUAUGAUGCUAAUGAUAUCUUGGACGAGGUGGCAACCGAACGCCAAGGCUGUCAGCUGAUCAAAUAUGCAUCCGUGCGCAAUUUCUUGGCCCCCAUAAACCCUAAGCGCGAACUGUUCAAUCGAGAAAUAUGCAUCAGGGUAAAGGACAGAGAACACAGACAAGAUUCCAUAGCAAGGAGAUGCCCCUUAUCUGAAUUGACUCAGCGCAGUGCACCCCUGAGGCAGCAGAGUUAUCAGACCACCUCGCUAACUCCUUCCCUGGUUCUCGGUCGUGAGAGUGAUAUGCGAAAGAUAAAAAAUAUGUUGCUGCCAUUGGCUGAGGUGACUGACCGUAACAUCACAGUGAUUCCUUUCUUCGGGAUGCCUGGAUUUUGA